GGCUCGCCGCCCGGGCCCCGGCCCUGCACCUGUGACUGUCGCGGCGCUCGCCCUCCCCGCCCGGCGCCCGCGGCCCCAUGGCCCCGUCCCGCCUGCAGCUCGGCCUCCGCGCCGCCUACGCCGGCCUCAGCUCCGCGGCCGGCUUCUCCAUCUUCCUCGUCUGGACCGUGGUGUACAGGCAGCCGGGGACCGCGGCCAUGGGGGGGCUCGCAGGUGUGCUGGCACUGUGGGUGCUGGUGACGCACGUGAUGUACAUGCAGGAUUACUGGAGGACCUGGCUCAAAGGGCUGCGUGGCUUCUUCUUCAUGGGCGUCCUCUUCUCAGCAGUCUCCAUCGCCACCUUCUGCACCUUCCUUGUGCUGGCGGUCACCCGACACCAGAGCCUCACAGACCCCAACAGCUACUAUCUCUCCUGCGUCUGGAGCUUCAUCUCUUUCAAGUGGGCCUUCCUGCUCAGCCUUUAUGCCCACCGCUACCGGGCUGACUUCGCCGACAUCAGCAUCCUCAGCGAUUUCUGACCCGAGGGGUGAGGUUUCUGGACCCCAGGGGUCCUCAGGACCUGGACUCAGCCUCAGAGACACCAGGCAGGCCUGCCACACCCCCUGGAAACCCUAGAUCUGUGGCAGAAGAUACAUAGCAAGAGGACUGCGGUCUUUCAGGAAGCUGUCCCAUCCCCGCUGUGGGGAGAUCUGGGUGCGGUGGAAAGGGGUCCUUCCUGCCAAGUUGCUCCUCCUCGGCCUGGCUGGAGGGCAGCUUUUGGCCUUUUCAAAUGGAUCUAUUUUCUUAGCCCUCAGUGAGGAAUCUUCCUAAGGAGGGCCAGGGCAGUGAGUCAAGGGGUAGGGCAGUGAGCCUUGACCUAUGCCUGGGGGCACUCUCCCUCUGGCCAGGCUGGGAAGCUGAGAGGUCAGGCCAGGUAGGGGAUCUCUGGUAGAGGCUUCUCACCCCCCAGCCUGUUGUCCUUGAGAAUCAGGUGGCUUCACUCUUCAAUCCCAGAGAUGGCAAUACUUGGCUCUCUUUUCCCGAGGCCUGGGGACCUGAGAGUUUAGUGUCCCUCAUCUCCCCAGAGCUGGUCUCCCAUGAGUGUGCUAGAGCCACUCAUCCUCAUCCUCGCCAUGCCCAAGCCCUCUCUUUUACACAUAGCACCACCCUCCCCAAGCAGGACUCCCUGAACAGGGCCAGACUAAGUGUCUGUGGAAGGUGCCCUGCCCCCAGAAGGGCUGUGGGGAAGGGGGCAGCGUGGUGCAGGCUGGAAGGAACCCCUCAACUCUUUGCCCAUGCACCUCCACCCCUACAUUUCCAUCACUUUUCACACGCGUUCUCCCUGGCCACGAGACACCCCACCGAUCCUGCCCCUGCCCACUGCCCUUCACCUAGAGCUUUUGUCUUUUUUAAUCUCCUUUCUGAAGGACCACAUCUGCUUUUCUGCCUAUACACUGGCACAAGGGCUCAUCUAACCAGGAGGGAAGGAGCUACUGUUACAUAGGUCUUUUUAUGUUAGGUUGCCAUUUUGCACGGUCUAUCCUUUCCCCACCUGAUGUGUCCUGCCCUUCAGCUCUUUGCCUUAUCUGUGUCACUGUCACUUUAGCAGAAAUACAGCAGCCAUUUGUAUCAGAUAGGCUCUGGUUGUUUCUUGAGGGGUGGGAAUCUUGGGUGAAGUGGGGGCGGUGCUGUGAGCGCAGGGAGUAGGCAGAAAGGGCCAUGGUGGAGGGUCUCUCGUUAAACCGUCUCCUUAGCUCAAGCUGUGCCCUGGAGGGCAGGGGGAGAUCUGUGUCUCAGGGGCUGGAGGCCCUCUCCCUCUGGCCCCUCUUGGCAUGGGGGAGCCCAGCGGCUUGGCUUUCAGCCCAUCGAUGCCCAGAGGCACAGCUUCAGCACCCCCAGUGGUAUUUAGUGUCUUGUCACCCAAGAGGCCAGAACAGAAGUGCAGGGGUGAACCUGUUUCCGUUCGUGUUCUCCCAGGCUGAGGGCUUGGGGCCGGGUCUGAGGUGACGCAGCUGCUGUGCCUGCUGCCUGAGAAACCUGGCCGGCUCAGACCUAUAUAAAGAUGGGCGUCGGCAGCCUGGCACCUUCCUCUCUGGUGACUGGAUGAGCUUGUCCCAGCCUGUUGCCUCAUGCUUGGUCUCUUCCCUGGUGCAUUCAAGCAGGGAGGGACCAUAAACAAUGUCUAUUUCUGGAGUCUUUAACCGAUAAACAGGCCCCAGGAGGUGACAUGACUUACCCAAGCCCCCAGCUGGGACCUGAACCCAGGUAGGUCCGAUUUGCCACUCUCUGGAGAUAUCUUAGCCAGCUGGGUCCACGUAUCUAUAUCUCCACACUCUCGGUGGGCCUUGUGUGUAUGGACUCAGCCCAAAGCUGCUGCCUCUUUAUUACCCCCACCCGCCGUGGGCAGGUGGUGGCAGCUAGGGUGCGUUCAGAAUGAAUUUUUCCUGCAAGGGAGCUGUCACAGAAGGGCAAGGAGCUGGAGGGGGUGCCGGCCCACAGGCCAACCCCGGCCCCUCUUCUACACCAAACGAGAGGCACACAGUGCGUGUGGCCAUAUGCUCGCCGUACACCCCUCACCCCCAGGAGGCCCUUCCACAAGCACCUUUAAAGCAAAUAAAACAUUUAUUGUUCA